CCAUGGCGGCCGCAGCGUCCUUGCAGUAUUUGCUGGAAGAAGCCACCUGUUCCAUAUGCCUGGAGUAUUUCCAGGACCCCGUGCUCAUCCCGGAGUGCGGCCACAACUUCUGCCGGGGCUGCUUGACCGGCAGUUGGGGAACGUCGGAAUCGGAGGCUUCCUGUCCCCAGUGCAGACAGACCUUCAAGCCCCGCAACGUCCUGCCCAACAGGCAGCUGGCGCGGCUGGUGGAAAUGGCCAGGAGAUGCGAAGAUCCUUGGGGCGAGGAAGGAGGGAGCGUCUGCCCGAAGCACCGGGAGCCCCUCAAGCUCUUUUGUAAGCACCACGAGACCCUCAUCUGCGUGGUCUGCAACCGAUCCAAAAAGCACAGGGGCCACUUGGUGAUCCCUGCGGAGGAGGCUUUCCAGGAGUACCAGCUCAAGGUUGGGGAUUGCCUGAAGGCUCAGAAGGAGGAGAAAGAAAAAAUAGCUACAUACAAAACCGAAACCGAACAAAGAGUUCAGGAGAUGCUUGUAAGUAUUGAUCCAACGGAGAGGGCGAUGGCGGCCGAGGCACUCUUGCUGGAAGAAGCCACCUGCUCCAUCUGCCUGGAGUAUUUCCAGGACCCCGUGCUCAUCCCGGAGUGCGGCCACAACUUCUGCCGGGGCUGCCUGACCGGCAGUUGGAGAACGUCGGAAUCGGAGGCUUCCUGUCCCGUGUGCAGACAGACCUUCGUGCCCCGCAACGUCCUCCCCAACAGGCAGCUGGCGCGGCUGGUGGAAGAGGCCGGACGUUGCAUAGGAUCCUGGGGCGAGGACGGAGGGAGCUUCUGCCCGAAGCACCGGGAGCCCCUCAAGCUCUUUUGUAAGCACGACGAGACCCUCAUCUGCGUGGUCUGCAACCUAUCCAAAGAGCACAGGGACCACUCGGUGAUCCCGGCGGAGGAGGCUCUCCAGGAGUACCAGAUCAAUGUUGGGGAUUGCCUGAAGGCUCAGAAGGAGGAGAAAGAAAAAAUAGUUAUAUACAAAACAGACACAGAGCAAAGUGUUCAGGAGAUGCUUGUAAGUAUUGAUCCAACGGACCUCAUCGAAAAAAAGAAAAAAAAUGUAGUGGCUGAAUUCAGAGAACUACAACUCUGGUUAGAAGGACAGGAGAAGCUUCUGUUGGCUAGCAUGGAAGAAACGGAGAAGGAUAUUAUGGCAAUAAAGGAGAAACGUUUGGCCAAGCACAUGGAGGAUCUGUGCUCUCUUGACGAUCUCAUCCAGGAGAUAGAGGAGAAGCAUCAGCAGCCAGCCAGCAAACUCUUACAGGACAUUGGAAGCACUUUGAAGAAGUACCAGGCUAAGAAAACAUAUGAAAAUCCGGUGGAUUUACUUAUAGAUCCGAAGUGGACAAUCUGGGCUUACAGUAAUAUGACUGUGUUUCUUAAAAGCGCUCUGAAAAAAUUGAGAGAUACUCUGGAAAGUGGACUGCAAGUAGAGGAAGUGAAUGUAAUUCUGGAUCCAGACACAGCCCAUCCUGACCUCCUUGACUUCUCCGAAGAUCGAAAAAGCGCCAAAGGAAUUAAGCCAGUUAAAGCAAUACAUCCCGUACCAAACUGCAAUAGAUUUGAAUAUAAUCCAUAUGUCCUUGGCUGUCAGAGGUUCUCAACAGGAAGACAUUUCUGGAAAGUUGCUGUAGGCGAUGCAGCAGGAUGGGGUGUAGGGAUUGCCAGCAAGCCAGUGAACUUAACAAAUAUUGAUGUGCAGACCAGAUACUGGCAGAUUGGGGAAUGGGAAGGGAAAUACAUGGCUAUCUCUCCAUCAGAACGCUCUGAACUGGUCCUGAAUGAGAAGCCCAGGAAUAUCUGCAUCUCUCUCGACUGCGAAGAGGCGCAAGUGAGCUUUUUUGAUGCCAGGACAGCAGCUCUGCUCCAUACAUUCUUGGAUGAUUCCUUGGUUGAAGAGACCCUUCUGCCCUGUUUCUUUUUGCAUGAUGGCGCCUGCGUGACACUCCCCUAAAGUAAGGGGCAUCCACAAACAAUACUUUGGAAAAUUUACUUUGCUAAACAGUGAUGCUUGAAAGCCUUUAAAGCAGUGGUUCCUUAGCUUUUUGCCACACUGAAUUGCUUGCAGUUGGGUGGCCUUGUAAAUUGAAUUUUAAAAAUGAAAUACAUU